CACCAAAAGUCUAAUUCUUGUUUAACAGCAACGAUUCACACUCUUCUGUUCUGAGGAUCCAACACACCAAACCAAACCAAACCAAUGGCUCCUUCUGAACCCAUUGUUCAUGUGGCUUUCCUCCCGAGUGCUGGCAUGGGACACCUUAAUCCAUGUCUCAGAUUAGCAACAUUGUUCCUACGCUAUGGUUGCAAAGUCACUCUCAUCACUCCCAAACCCACUGUCUCUCUCGCCGAAUCUAACCUCAUCUCUCGUUUCUGUUCCUCUUUCCCAUUAAACCUCACCACGGUGGAUCCAACCACGGUUAACACUAACGACCCUUUUUGGCUUCAGUACGAAACCAUUCGUCGUUCGGUUCAUCUUGUAGCUCCAAUCCUAUCUUCCCUUUCAACACCUCUCACUGCUUUCAUCUAUGAUGUUUUAUUAAUCUCUCCCUUACUUCCAAUCACUGAGAAACUCUCUUGUCCACGUUACAUCUACUUCACCUCAGCAUCUAGAAUGCUCUCUUUCUUCGCACACCUUUCUGUUCUUGCUGCUUCAGAUCCAACUUCACAACCACACCCUUCUUCAUUCAUUCGUGAUGUGGUUAAAAUCCCUGGCAUAGCAUCACCGAUACCAAGAUCCUCGCUCCCUCCUCCGCUCCUUCAACCUAACUCUCUCUUCGAGAGCAUGUUCAUGGAGGACAGUGGCAAACUCGCGAAGCUUGACGGGGUUUUCAUCAACUCGUUUGAGGAGUUCGAAGGAGAGGCACUAGCGGCAGUUAACGAAGGGAAAGUGGUUAAAGAGUUGCCUCCAGUGUACGGCGUUGGUCCCUUGAUGGCGUGUGAGUUUGAGAAUGUGGAGAGGGGUUGCAUGAGUUGGAUAAUGAAGUGGCUUGAUGGAAAAAGUGAAGGGUCUGUGGUGUACGUUAGUUUGGGGAGCAGGACUGAGACGAGGAGGGAGCAGAUAAAAGACAUGGCUUUGGGGUUGAUAGAAAGUGGGUAUAGUUUUUUGUGGGUUGUGAAGUUGAAGAUGGUUGAUAGAGAAGAGGAGGAGAGUUUGGAGGAUGUGUUGGGGAGUGAGUUGAUGAAAAAGGUGAAGGAAAAGGGUGUGGUUGUGAAGGAGUUUGUGGAUCAGAUGGGGAUUCUGGGUCACCCUUCAGUGGGGGGGUUUGUGAAUCAUGGAGGGUGGAACUCAAUAAUAGAGACUGUGUGGCAAGGGGUGCCUAUUAUGACAUGGCCUCAGCAUGGUGAUCAGAAGAUAACAUCAGAGGCAGUGAGAAUGAGUGGUGUGGGGAUUUGGCCUCAUGAGUGGGGUUGGGGGACACAAGAGAUUGUGAAUGGGAAAGAGAUUGCUAACAAAAUCAAAGAGUUGAUGGGGAAUGAAUCUUUGAGGGUCAAAGUUGCAGAAAUGAAGGAAGCUGCUAGGAAGGGUGCUGGUGUUGGUGGGAGUUGUGAGGCUAUUAUGCAGAGACUAAUUGAGGAGUGGAAGAGGAAUGUUAAAUCUAAUUAAGCAUUCGCACUCAACAGUAUUUAGAUACUGACAAAGGAUAAUUAGUUUGUUAUUUUGGUUGUAUUUCCUGUUGGGAGUUUAAUAUGUUUUAUUGUUGCAGAAAAAGUUGUGGGUUGGGUUUGGAAAUUUUCCAAGAUCUGAGCAUGUUUUAUGAUUUAAAGAGAAAUAUAUAUUCUUCCAUCAA